GCAGUAAACCGAUGCUCACAGGCCCAAGUGGUGCCGGAUUUUUGUCAGUCUCCCCUCCCCUCUUCCCCUUCCUCCCAGUUGGUCUAGUCUUGUAUCCAAUACAGCCUUUGCCCUCUCAUUGCCGCAGUUCCGUUUCGCAUCCCCCUCUCCUCUCCAUUUCCACCCUCUCCUAUGGCCUGAAUUCCGAGACCCCCCGCCAUUCGCCCCACCCCCGAAUCCAGCGUCUCAUCGAUCGCCUCGGCGCCGUCGCAAGGAGCGAGGCUCCGGUUGCAGGUUCUUGGUUUCUUGGCCCGAACCCAGGUAAGGGAAUAUGAUGGACGGUGAGGGGAGUCAAGGGAUUAAGAAAGUGCAUUUCAGGGAUUCCUCUUCCCAGGUGCCUCUGAUUACCUACAAGAGGCGCCGGCGGCAGAAGCCGCAGCAAGCGGAGCCACAGCAGCAAGCGGAGCCACAGCUGGAGACGGAGCCAGAGCAAAAGGCUGGAGAUGUGCCGGCGCAGCAGACUAAAGAUACUUUUUGGAAAAGUAGGGAUAUGGGAUGGAAGUAUGGCAUAAUGAUUGAUGAAAAUAGACAACACUGGAAGUGUAUGUAUUGUGGCCUAAUUAGGUAUGGUGGUGGUGUAUCUAGACUCAAACGACAUCUAGCUGGUGAUUUAGAUGUCAAAAUGUGCCCCAAAGUUCCAGCAGAUGUUGUUGAGGAAAUAAGGGAGCAUUUGCGGAAGAAACGAGAGAGGCGGAGGAAGCGAGCUGCACAAAAUGGUGGCAACAAUGUAAAUGCUAAAAGCUUUUCUGAUGAUGCAAAUGCGGAGAAGGAUCUUCUACCUGCUGAUUCAGUGCUGCCAGCUGGAAUGGGCACUAAUGUUCUUGAAGAAGUCACUAACCAAACGAUUGUGGUUCAUCAGGAUCCUACUUAUCCCAGGGUGCCGAUUUUGCGAGCAAGGGAUAUUGGCUGGGAGCAUGCUGUGGAUCUUGAUGGAAAUAAAAGGCGGUGGCAGUGCAAGUUCUGUUCUCUGUGUCGAAGUGGUGGUGUGACUACUUUUAAGGCUCAUCUCAUUGACGACAGCUGCCCGAAUGUUCCAAAGGAAAUUUCAAAGAAAGUGUCAAACUUCAUUGAAGAGAAAAGAGCAACACGCCUUCUUUUGAAUAAUUAUAUCUUUAGUGUUGAUGAGGAUGAAUUUUUCGACACACAAGUUCAAGGGGAUAGGACUGCAGAAUAUGAAAAUGAUCAACAACCUUCAAGAAAUGCUACACUUUUUCUAACAUUAGAUGAGUGUGCUAAUGAGAUGGCAGCUGGAAGCAGCCAAUGUGGUGAAGAAAGUAGUGGCCAACCAGUUGAGCAUUGCGAUCAGCCUGAAGAGCAGUGGCCACUGGAUCAUGGCAGCAUGGAUCAAGUGAUCAACAAUAAGAACAAGAUUUUGGACAAGAAUACUGAUAAUUCACAAAAUACCAAGAUGGCAGCUGGAAGCAGCCAAUGUGGUGAAGAAAGUAGUGGACAACCAGUUGAGCAUUUCAAUCAGCCCGAAGAGCAAUGGGCAAUGGACCAUGGCAGGACAGAUCAAGUGAUCAACAAUAAGAACAAGAUUUUGGACAAGAAUACCGAUAAUUCACAAAAGAGCAAGAUAUUGAAACCACGCCGGAAAAGUGCAUUUAACACAAGGAAGCACAUAAUUAUUGUUGAUGAAGUUGCAAGGCAUUGGAGGUGUAGAUACUGUGGAAUGGAUGGGUAUGGUAAAAAGUUUCAGCUCCAUUAUCAUCUAGCUGGUGCGUUUCGUCACCCUAAGUGCCCAAAUGUUCCUAGAGAAGUAUUUGCAAAGGCAAGGCACCAUGUUCCAACAAAGAGAAGGCUCAAAACGAAUAAGGCUGAGCAACAAAUUCCUUCCAGGCCACAUAUUCUUGGCCAAUUCGGUGAAGAACGGCAGAAUAAUGGUGCAUCCUGUGGGAAUCAAUCUGAACUAUCAAUAAAAAAUGAAUCUAGUGAGGUACACAAUUACCCAGUCAGGAUUCAGGGUAGUGCAUGGGAACAUUCUCUGAUAUAUGAGAAAGAAAAAGGAAACUGGAAGUGCAAGUGGUGCAGUGUUGAGGGUUGUCAUGGUGUAACUAGAUUGAAGUGGCAUCUUGUUGGAUGGAAGAAUCUCCCUCAGUGCCCAGAUGUUCCAAAGGAUGUUGCCAAAAAGAUAAGGGAUCAAAUGAUGUCAAAGGAGAAGAAGAAAGCAAGAAGAUCAGGUUCAUUUGUCGGUAAUGGCAGUUGUGACGCGCUGUGCUCUCCUAAGAGUUCACAACUUGAUCAGGACCAUCUCACUACAACAAUGCAUGACAGAUGUUCUUCCCUGGCUGUUGAUCAAGCUAACAGUGAAUCAAUGGCAUGCCAGAUGUUAUCCAACACUACUCUUCUUUCACAAGAGAGUGCUAAUCCUCAGGUCUCUCAUGAGCAACAGGGGAAGGAGCUUGCAACCCCUCCAGAAUGCUGUCCCAUUCAGCCAAUUAUGGAAGUACCAGUGGGGAAUGGAUUAUGUGGUGACACAAACAACUCUGAGGAGCAAAGAAGUGACUCUAGAACUAAUGGAUGGUGGAGAUAUGUUUUGGACGGGCUAAUGCGUUUGCAUAUGCCUGGUAUACAAGGGGAUGCUGGAAUUGCGACAUGCGUCCGUGAUGCACUUCUGUAUGGCUGUGCUGAAUUUGGCACAGUAGCUGGCAAAGUGGAAAUGGAUUCUGAUAAAACAGUGACUGCGAACACCGCUAAGUGCCAGAAUGUUCUUAUGAACAUUUUAAGGUCGGAGAACUUUGCUGUGUUGUGCAGUGUGCUUUGCAGAACUGUACAUCAAGAUGAGGGAAGAACUAGAUAUUUUGAUUUUGAUGUGAUAGAUUUAAGAAUGAAAAAUGGAAGUUAUGGGCAUAAACCUGAAUUAUUCUUGCACGACCUGAAACUGUUAUGGGAAAAUCUUAAAGUGGCUGGUCAAAAUAUUAUUCUCCUAGCAAAUAAUCUAUCAAACCUUACAGAAGACUCCUACGAAAAGCUGGUUGGAAGAGCGAGGCUAUCAAGUGAUGGUGAGCCCAAUGGAGCUGUCGUGACCAUCUCUGAACCCCAAAGCCUUGUUCAAUCAGAUGCGUUGGUACCCUCAACCUCACAGGGCUUCAACCAAUUGGAUCAACCAGGUCCUUCAUAUCUCUCUGAUGUUCAUAAUAACUGCAACCAAUGUGGCAAAGAAGCAAGAGGUGGGAGCAUUCUCAAAUGCAGUAGGUGCAUGGUAUCUUGCCACAUUUCAUGUAUUGAGCCUCCUAAUCCAUCCAUUUCAACUGGAAGCUGGUGUUGUAAAAACUGCAGCGCUACAUGUAUCGAACCAGUUGAAGAUGACAAUAGCUUGCAUGGAAAUUGUGUUGUCUGCGAUAGGCUUGAGGUGUGCAGGUCUCCAAAAUGUGAAGAUGCACCUAAUGAUGACUCAAGAGCAAUGGUUAUUUCCAGUGUGAGCUCUGUUGGGGACCCAGAACUGCCAGAGGUUGAUACAGGUGGCUCAUGCAAGAUAUGUGGAGAUCCUGAAGAGGAUGACAAGAGGUUCUUGAUAUGUGGCCACAUCCACUGUCUAUACAAGUACUACCACAUUCGGUGCUUGAAGUCCAAGCAGAUUGCUGGUGAUGUUCAGCAGGACAAACCGUGCUGGUACUGCCCAUCUUGCCUUUGCCGAGUUUGUCUCUCUGACAAAGAUGAUGACCUGACCAUUCUGUGCGAUAGCUGUGAUGAGGCUUACCAUCUCUACUGCAUAACGCCUCGCCGUACUUCAAUACCCAAGGGGCGGUGGUAUUGCUCAUCGUGUAGUGUGGCGAGAGCAAAGGAGGGAAUGAGACAGUAUGAGAGAACACUGAAGCUCCACCAGAAGGAUAACGCUGGACAGCAAAGUAGGAAUUAUGAAGGUUUGGACUUGCUAGUAUCUGCAGUGGAGCAGCUCAGCGCAGACGAGCUGCUGGUGACUCCAAAUUAGCAUGGAGCUUGGUUAUAAUCUUCAUUGCAGUAUAUCCUGAACUCUGUUCUUUUGCUCUGUAAAUGGAUUGCUGUUCUGAGAGACUGAGACUUGAAGGAUUUGUUGUUUGAAGAGCCCUGCCUCAGUUUCAGAAGACUGACAGGAGCAGUCAAGAAAUUAGCUGCAGUCCUCUCACUGAACUCGUUAUCGACAGUUUCUGAUGAUACAAGGAUAACAAUCCUGUAGGAUAUUGGUCUUGUUUAUAUUUCCUUUUGCUUUUAUUUCACUUUCAUGAGGUGAUAUAUAAAACAGUUUACCGGUAUCAGAACUGCAAGGGGGUUAUGUAGCUUUGUAUCCUAUUUAGCUAUGUACUUGCAGAGGCAAGUUUGCGGGAAAAUCUCCAAUUAGAGUGAGAAAAAAACAUUUUUCACAAUUGCCUCAGGUUUUCGUAAUGGUAUAGUUAUGGUCUGAGUUAUUCAGUUC